CAGCCCAGAACCAUUAUGCCGCCAAUACCCAUCGUUGUCUGUGGCCGUAGCCCAGAAAUCGCAAACAAAGUCAAGCAAGACCUGCAGCCAGAAUAUGACGGUACACUACGGGCAACCCGUCUUCUUACCUUCCAUAUUGCUGACUCAUCUAUAGUCGUCAAGAUCGUUCUCUCCCCCGACGCGGGCAUAAAAGAGAUCCCCAAGCUGCUGUCAGGCCAGAACCCACCCGUCGCUGUAGCCCUCGGCGGUGCAUUUGACGAUGCGACGGUCGAAUCCUUGCGUGACGCAGCAAGUAAGGCUGGCGAUGUGGUUUGGAUACGUGUCGACAAGAGCAGAUUUGGAGAGAUGCCGCCGAUGGAUGAUAAAGAGGGUUUCGGUGCGGCACUAGCGAAGAGGAUCAAGACUUCUCUUCAAGAACACAAAGUUGGGCAGGACGGAGGGGAUGAGAGCGGAGUGUACCUGUGCUAGCCACUUGAGGUUCUCUAAGCCUUUUAGUGCUUCUUGAAUAAAGGCAAAUCUACUCUGAAACGCUUUGGAUGUGCACACAAAGCCAAUAAGAACCGCACAUCCCACGUACCUCCCCACACCGCAAGCCCUAUAUGUUUGUUCAAGGAGCGUAGUUGGGAGCUGGCCCUCGUUGUACCGAUGUGAGCGACUUACUAGCCGACUCGUGCGCCUCAGAGUCGCUAAAUAGAGUCCGCCAGUCGGCGACACUGAGCGACUUCAGUUCCUUGUCAAGUGCUGCCUCCCUAUUCAUGGUGAACCAGACCCUGACAUCGCACGGUGGACCAACUAGUUCUAUGUAGGCAUUCCCUGUACAUCAGAACCCGUUCUCGUCCUGAAAUCCCAACGGCUUAGGCAUCGAGGCGGAAACUCGUAUUUGAUUGACCCUUGUGGCCAGGGCUUCUUAGCGUCCAUGUACACGACAGCAACGGUGAUGUGGACGAGGUGA